CAUCACUAACAUUAGAAAUUGGGAAAUUGAAGAGAAAUUCGUCAGAUUCGUGGAAAAAUUAAAAAAAUACUGAAUAGAAAUACCAAAAAACAAAUGUUUGAUUUUUGAAAUUUGUACAAAAGAACGCGUAAAUACCAAAGAAAAUUUGUAAAAUAAAAAACAAAUUUUCGUAUUAUUGUUCUGCAGCAGCAGCAACGUAUAAACUCAGUUGAUUUGCUACUGCUGCUGACCCCUCUCCACUUCACGGCUCUCAGCAAUUAAUUUCUGUGAAGACUACUUCCACACUACCACUACAUUUACUAUUCUGGACAAACUAAAAACGAAGGCGACGACAGAUGAUAACAAGGAAGUGAAUGAGAGUGGGCUUGUGUUUAUCUUUUUGUUGGCUGGAUGAAAUGUUAUAGAAAUUGAACAUUUGCAGUUGGCCAAUCAAAAUAAAAUAAUUACAAAAAAAAAAAACAACGUCGUCGUCGUGAAAGCAAAUAGAUUUUUCACCAACAUUCCUGGACCGGUCUGUUUGUGUUAGCUGCUGCUCUCGCUGUUGCCGCUGCUGAUUUCACUUCCCCCUGGUUAUGGAAGUUAAGAAAAUGUCCAGUUCAUCGUCUUCAUCGUCGGGGCGGAAACAACCAACAGCAGUGUCGCGCAUGAAACAGGAUUAUAUGCGUUUGAAACGUGAUCCUUUGCCUUAUAUUACGGCCGAACCUCUGCCCAACAAUAUCUUGGAAUGGCAUUAUGUUGUUAAGGGACCCGAAGAUUCGCCUUACUAUGGUGGUUAUUACCAUGGCACAUUGUUGUUUCCUCGCGAAUUUCCCUUUAAACCGCCUUCAAUUUAUAUGCUAACACCAAAUGGUCGUUUCAAAACAAACUCACGAUUAUGUUUAAGUAUAUCAGACUUCCAUCCAGACACAUGGAAUCCCACAUGGUGUGUUGGCACAAUAUUAACCGGAUUAUUAAGCUUUAUGUUGGAAAAUACCGCUACACUGGGUUCAAUAGAAACAACAAAAUAUGAAAAGCAGCAACUAGCCAAGAAGUCGCUUGCAUUUAAUUUAAAAAAUCCACAUUUUGUCGAACUAUUCCCCGAUAUUUGUGAGGAGAUCAACAAGCGAUUGCAAAGUGAGAAGGAACAAAAACUGAAAGCUUUAAAUGCCGCCUCCGCCGCAGCCAAUGGCAGUGUGACCCAGGGAGCAAGUGGCAAAUCGACGCUGGCAAAUGGUAACCUGCCCAACGGUAGCAUAGGUGCAAAUGGCAUUGCAAUAAAUGCCAGUGAUGUGGUGGCUGGUGCCGCUGUGGUUGAUGCUAAUUCGGGAAAGAGCCUAUCGAACUCCUAUCUAAAUUGGCAAUCGAAUGUUAUAAUUUUAAUAUGUUUUGCUAUAUUUGCAUUAGUUGUAAACUAUGUUUUAAAAAAUAUCAAUCAAGAAUAGAAUUUUAGAUUGCCUGGCAUUGGAUGGAGGAUGUGGUGUGCGGUAGAGAUGCAGGCGAUAACUGUGUAUAUGGAACUUUAAUAUAUAUUUAAUUUUAAAAUCAGCAA